AUGGCUAAGUUAGAUCGAUCGAAUUUAUUGACUCAGUUUAACCCAGUUCACAAGAAGAUCCCGGUGCUCGUUCAUGGUGGAAAACCAAUAUCGGAGUCCAUUGUUAUUCUUGAAUACAUUGAGGAGGUGUGGCCACAAAAUCCCUUGCUUUCCGAGAAGCCUUAUGAGAGGGCCAUAGCUCGGUUUUGGAUUAAAUUUGGGGAAGACAAGAGCCCCAUUUUUUUGAAGUUAUUUCACAUAGUUGGGGAAGAACAUGAUAAAGCAAGAAAAGAGGCACAAGAAGUGUUGAAAAUAAUGGAAGAGCAAGGGAUAGGAGAAAAGAAAUUUUUUGGAGGGGGCAAAGUUGGAAUGGCAGACCUGACCUUUGGAUGGAUAGCUGGUUGGUUUCAAGAGAUGGAAGAAGCAGCUGGUGCGAAGCUUUUAGAAGCCAACUUUCCACGCUUGGAGGAAUGGAUCAAGAAUUUCAGAGAGGUCACUGUGAUCAAGGACAACCUUCCUGCUCACGAAGAAUUGUUGGACUAUUUCAAAAGCCUAAGAGAGGUUUGCUCUAUCAGCAAGAUCAUAGGCACACCAGUUAUGUUAUAUCACUUAUAUAUAUGUACUAGGAGAACAAUACUUGUAUUAUGA